AUGGGUGAUUACUAUGGUUAUGACGAUGAAGACGGAGAUUACUGUUAUGGGUUAGCUGACAGUGAAACUUACGAGAGUCAACGCCCUUCAAUUAUGAUUAUGGGGCUUAAGAGAAGUGGAAAAACUUCUAUAAGGAAAGUUGUGUUCCAAAAGAUGUCUCCAAAUGAAACUCUUUUUGUUGAAAGUACAAGUAGAGUGACUUCUAAUGUUUAUAAAUCUUCAUUCAUAAAGUUCGACACCAUUGAGUUCCCUGGACAGCUUCCCCCGUUUGAUCAAUCGGUGCAACCAAUGGACACAUUUCUGAGAUGCGGUGCUUUAUUAUAUGUGAUUGAUGCACAAGAUGAUCUAUCCGAAGCUCUGGCAAAAUUGAUAGAAUAUUUCACUCAGGCAUAUGAGAUUAACAAGAAAAUUAAAUUCGAAGUUUUCAUUCAUAAGGUGGAUGGCCUAACUGAAGAAGGAAGACUGGAUUGCCAGUUCGAUAUAUUUGACAGAGUGAAGGAGACAUUCCAUAAUAUGGGACUGCAGGACUUGCAGCCAACUUAUCAUCUAACUUCUAUCUACGAUCAUUCUAUUUUUGAAGCCUUCUCUAAGGUUGUUCAGAAUUUGGUCACACAAUUACCAACAUUGGAACGUCUUUUAGACAUUUUCAAUCAAGGCUCUAAUGUGGAAAAAUCUUUUUUAUUCGAUGUCAACUCGAAGAUUUAUAUUGCUACCGAUUCCAAUCCAGUUGAAAUGGCUGCUUACGAAUUAUGUUGCGAUAUGAUCGAUGUGGCUAUGGAUCUAUCAGGGAUAUAUGGAGGAACUUUGGUAGACCACGAAGAUGGUAAGCAGUAUUUACAGUGUUUCGAUGAGGAAUCUUAUUCGGUUAUUCGUCUUAAAACAGAGCAGGUUCUGUUUCUCAGACAACUCGACAAUUACUUAGCGAUGGUUUGCAUUAUUCGUUCUGAUAACUUUGACAAGCAGGGACUAAUUGAUUACAACUUCAGUUGUUUCAAACAGAGCGUUGAAAAAAUAUUCAAAGUCCGUCAAAUAAAGAAGCAGGCUACCUAG